CACAGCGCCGGCGGCCCCGCGCGGGGGGGCGGGCCGGGCCGGCCGGGGCGCGGGGGGCACGGCGGGCGGGGAGCGCGGCCCGGGGCCUCCCCGAACCAGCGGUGCUGGGGGGAGCGGCCGCAGCGCGCCCGGGGCGAGGGGCCGCGCACAAAGGCGGCGGGGGCGGGGGGCGCGAGGCUGCGGCCCGGCGGGGCGGGGGGCACCGGGAGGGAGCCCCAGCGGCCGCGGUGAGCGGCGCUCUCUGGGCCUCGUUCUCCGCCGGGGCCCGGCUAGCGGACGAGGGCUCGGCGCCGCGCGGGCCAGGCCGCGCUCCAGUGGAGCCGCCGCUGCCUCUUUCCCCCGCCCCCAACGGGUCCUCCCCGGUCCGGCCCCGGGCCCCCGCACAAAGGCGCGGGCGGGGCGGGGCAGCCGCGCCCCCUCCCCUGCCCGGGCCGGGCGGACUCUUUUCCCAGCCCCGGCCCCCCCGCGGACGCGCACGGAGCGCGGCGGCUCCGGAGAUUGUUCGGAGCGCGGAGCGGAGCGGCCGCCCCGGCCGGGCCAUGGCCGAGUUCCUGCCCCCGCCCGAGUGCCCCGUCUUCGAGCCCAGCUGGGAGGAGUUCGCCGACCCCUUCGCCUUCAUCCACAAGAUCCGGCCCAUCGCCGAGCAGACCGGCAUCUGCAAGGUGCGGCCGCCGCCGGACUGGCAGCCUCCAUUUGCGUGCGAUGUCGACAAGCUUCACUUCACACCGAGGAUCCAGAGGCUCAAUGAACUGGAGGCCCAAACUCGUGUAAAGCUGAAUUUUCUGGACCAGAUUGCAAAGUUUUGGGAGCUUCAAGGAUGCACGCUGAAAAUUCCACAUGUGGAGAGGAAGAUCUUGGAUUUAUUUCAGCUUAACAGACUAGUUGCAGAACAAGGAGGAUUUGAUGUCGUUUGCAAGGAGAGAAAAUGGACCAAGAUAGCCACGAGGAUGGGCUUUGCUCCUGGCAAAGCCGUGGGCUCGCACAUCCGCGCGCAUUACGAGCGAAUUCUCUACCCCUACAACUUGUUCCAGUCGGGGGCGAGUCUCUUGUGCUUGCAGAAGCCAGAUCUGAGCAGUGACACAAAGGACAAGGAGUACAAGCCCCACGACAUCCCGCAGCGGCAGUCGGUGCCGCCGUCGGAGAGCUGCCCGCCCGCGCGCCGCGCCAAGCGCCUGACGCCCGAGGCAACCAAUGUUAAAAGUGAGACUGACCCUCCAGAAGCCAGAACUCACAAUCUGAGACGCAGAAUGGGCUGUGCCCCUCCAAAGAGUGAAGGUGACAAGGAAAUGCGCAGUGUGGUAAAACUCCCUGAGAAGAAAGAACUUUCUGGGGAGCCAGAAAAGGACAAAUCCAAAGUGAGAUCUAAAAAACCCACCAAUGCUGUGGAUCUGUAUGUGUGUCUCCUGUGUGGCAGUGGGAAUGAUGAGGACCGGCUCCUGCUGUGUGAUGGCUGUGAUGACAGUUACCACACCUUCUGUUUAAUUCCACCCCUCCAUGAUGUUCCCAAAGGGGACUGGAGGUGUCCCCAGUGUCUGGCUCAGGAGUGUAAUAAGCCUCAAGAAGCCUUUGGGUUUGAACAAGCAGCACGAGACUACACCCUGCGCACGUUCGGGGAAAUGGCUGAUGCCUUCAAGUCAGACUAUUUUAACAUGCCAGUACACAUGGUCCCCACUGAGCUGGUUGAAAAAGAAUUUUGGAGACUUGUCAGUACCAUUGAAGAGGAUGUGACAGUGGAAUACGGAGCUGACAUUGCUUCGAAGGAGUUUGGCAGUGGCUUCCCUGUUAGAGGUGGGAAGUUUAAAGUUAGACCAGAAGAAGAGGAAUACCUUGAUAGUGGCUGGAAUUUAAACAACAUGCCUGUGAUGGAGCAGUCUGUGCUUGCUCACAUCACUGCGGAUAUCUGUGGGAUGAAACUGCCCUGGCUGUACGUAGGAAUGUGCUUUUCCUCAUUUUGUUGGCAUAUAGAAGACCACUGGAGCUAUUCCAUUAACUAUCUGCAUUGGGGGGAGCCUAAAACGUGGUAUGGAGCCCCAGGGUACGCAGCUGAGCAGCUGGAGGAUGUAAUGAAGAAACUUGCUCCAGAGCUAUUUGAGUCCCAGCCAGAUCUCUUGCACCAACUUGUCACCAUAAUGAACCCGAACACUUUGAUGGCCCACGGGGUGCCUGUGUACAGAACCAACCAGUGUGCAGGGGAGUUCGUUAUCACCUUUCCCAGAGCUUACCACAGUGGCUUCAACCAGGGCUUCAACUUUGCUGAAGCUGUGAACUUCUGCACCGUGGACUGGCUGCCCCUGGGCCGGCAGUGCGUGGAGCAUUACCGGCUGCUCAACCGCUACUGCGUCUUCUCCCACGACGAGAUGAUCUGUAAAAUGGCUUCCAAAGCAGAUGUCCUGGACGUUGUGGUGGCGUCUACAGUCCAGAAAGACAUGGCUAUUAUGAUUGAAGAGGAGAAGAGGUUGCGUGAGAAGGUUGAUAAACUGGGAGUCACUGACUCGGAGAGGGUGACGUUUGAGCUGUUCCCUGAUGAUGAGCGACAGUGCCUGAAGUGUAAAACCACCUGCUUCAUGUCAGCAGUUUAUUGUCCCUGCAAACCUGGGUUGUUGGUGUGCUUGUAUCACGUUGAGGACCUGUGCUCCUGUCCCACCUACAAGUACAAACUGGGGUACCGCUACACCCUGGAGGAGCUGUACCCGAUGAUGAACGCGCUCAAGAUGCGCGCCGAGUCCUACAAUGAGUGGGCUUCCAACGUCAACGAGGCCCUGGAGGCAAAGAUCAACAACAAAAAAAGUCUCAUCAGUUUCAAGGCUUUGAUAGAAGAAUCAGAAUUGAAAAAGUUCCCAGACAAUGACCUGCUGCGACACCUCCGGCUGGUGACGCAGGACGCAGACAAAUGUGCCUCGGUAGCCCAGCAGCUGUUGAAUGGCAAGAGACAGACCAGGUACCGCUCCGGGGGAGGGAAGUGUCAGAACCAGCUGACGGUCAACGAGCUGCGGCUCUUCGUGAGGCAGCUCUACGCCCUGCCCUGUGUCCUCAGCCAGACACCACUGCUGAAGGAUCUCCUUGACCGUGUGGAAGCUUUCCAACAGCAAAGCCAGAAGCUCCUUUCUGAAGAGAUGCCCAGUGCUGCAGAGCUGCAGGAGCUGCUGGACGUCAGCUUUGACUUCGACGUGGACCUGCCGCAGCUGCCGGAGCUGCGGACGCGGCUGGAGCAGGCGCGCUGGCUGGAGGACGUGCAGCUGGCCUGCUCGGAGCACAGCUCCCUCACCCUGGAUGACAUGAGGCGCCUCAUAGACUCCGGCGUGGGGCUCGCGCCAUACCCAGCAGUUGAGAAGGCGAUGGCCAAGCUGCAGGAGCUCCUCACCGUGUCCGAGCACUGGGAUGACAAAGCCAGGAACCUGAUAAAGGCCAGUUUCAUGCUUGAGGACCCACGUUCAGAUCAAGCUCAGACAGGUACCACCAGCAGGCCCCGGCAGUCCCUGAGCAGCCUGGCAGCAGCAGUGAAGGAGUUGGAGGAGAUCCCAGCCUACCUCCCGAAUGGAGCAGCACUGAAGGAUGCAGUGCAGAAGGCCAAGGACUGGCUGCAGGAGGUGGAGGCUCUGCAGGCUGGGGGCCGUGUGCCUGUGCUGGACACGCUGGUGGAGCUCGUCACGAGGGGUCGGUCCAUCCCCGUGCACCUGGACUACCUGCCCAGGCUGGAGGCCCUGGUGGCCGAAGUGCAGGCGUGGAAGGAGUGUGCAGCAAACACGUUCCUGUGUGAGAACUCUCCAUAUUCCCUUCUGGAGGUGUUGUGUCCCUGGUGUGACAUCGGGAUGUUCAGUCUGAAGAGGAAGCAGAAGAAGCUGAAGGAGCCAGUACCAAGUGGCAAGAAGAAAAGCACGAAGCUGGAGACGCUGAGCGACCUGGAGCGGGCACUCUCUGAAAGCAAGGACACUGCAUCUGCAAUGGCCACGCUGGGAGAGGCGCGGCUGAGGGAGAUGGAGGCGCUGCGUGCCCUGAGAGCGGCCAACGAGGUGAAGGUGCUGUCCAGCGAGGAGGACGCCGAGCUCAAGGUGUGUCUGUGCCAGAAGGAGCCGGCUGCUCCCAUGAUCCAGUGUGAGCUCUGCAGGGGCUUCUUCCACACGGGCUGCGUGCCGGUGCCCGGCGCCGCGCCGGGGCCGCGCGUGUGGCUGUGCCCGCAGUGCCGCCGCUCCGAGAAGCCGCCUCUGGAGAAGAUCCUGCCGCUGCUGGCGUCCCUGCAGCGCAUCCGCGUCCGGCUGCCCGAGGGGGACGCCCUGCGCUACAUGAUCGAGAGAACUGUGAACUGGCAGCACAGAGCACAACAAAUGUUGUAUUCAGGGAAUCUAAAACGCAUCCAGGACAAAGUUGGCUCAGGAUUACUGUACAGCAGGUGGCAAGCCUCGGCGGGCCAGCUGCCGGAGACAAACAAGGUGUCACAGACAAUUGGGGCAAUGCCAUUCUCCAUGCCUCAUGACUGGGAUAACAGAACCAUGUAUUUGCAUUCUCCAUUCUCUACAGGACAGCACUGCAUCCCACUUCAUGUGGUCAGCACCGAGCUGGAUGAGCUGAUGAUGGAAGCCCAGCUGCUGCAGGUUUCUCUGCCCGAGAUCCAGGAGCUGUACCAGGCCCUGUUCACAAAGCAGAGCCCGGCCCUGCAGCCAGAGCAGAGGUCACCCAGCACAGCCACGAGUGACAAGAACGAGUGUUGCCGAGGGAAGAAGGAUGGGAUUAGUUACAUGGAGAGAAAACUGAAGCGGCGUUUCGAGAGAGAGACCUUCUGUGGUGAGAAGAGAGCGAGAGUAAAAAAGAUGAGAACACCCAAAAAGAAGAAACUGAAACUGAGUCACUCAAAGGAUCUGUGCAGUAACAAACUGGAGCGAGAGCGGGAACGGCUCCUGGAGCUGCAGCGUUCCAGCGACAGCCACCUGCUGCCCUCAGACACAUCCUUCUCGGAGCAGGAGGACUCCGAGGAUGAGGAUGCCAUCUGCCCAGCUGUGAACUGCCUCCAGCCCGAGGGGGAUGAGGUCGACUGGGUCCAGUGCGACGGCAGCUGCAACCAGUGGUUCCACCAGGUGUGCGUGGGCAUCUCCCCCGAGAUGGCAGAGAAGGAGGAUUACAUCUGCGCCAGCUGCGCCGGCAAGGACGCCCAGUGCCGCAAGUGAAACCCCCAGAAACCCUUCAGGACUUGAGUAAAGAAGGUUCCCAGUUUUCCAGUUAAGCCACAGGGGCUGGUUUAAGAACCAGAUUGCAAAUGGUGCUACUUCUAUCCUUAUGGGAUCAUUUUCCAGAACUCAGAACAAUUUUUGACACUUUUGUAUUUUCCCUUGAUCUGUUUGUGGUUGUUGAGGUUUGAGAUGCUGACUGUUUGCAGGGGUUUCCACUGAUUGGGAAGGCAUUUGACAAAUGCACCUUUAUUGUACAGCAUUCAGUUACCUCUGGGAUUUACCGACAUAUUUAAUUCAGCUUGGUUUGGGUGCAAAAACAAACAAACAAAAAAACCCCUGCACCAUGAAUUUUCCAAUAAUCCUCUUUUGAGGAAAUCCCUGUUUACUCUGUUAACUCUUUGGAGACUUUAGUUUUUUUCCACUUCGUUUUUCGUAGACUAGGUUUAUUUAUCUGAGCAAUAACUUCUAUGUCUGGUUUCAGUGACUGGAAUGACAACUGAACAGCGUGUUGCUUCUAGCAUUGGUUGAUGUACAGACAGCAAAUGUUAGAUCCUAGUGUCACUGAGGGCCCUGUGAUGUAGAAGACAGGAAAAAAAAAAUCUGUAAAGUAAUUGCCACAGCUGUAUUUUGGCUUUCUCCUUUUUUGGGUAGCUUGUAUCAAAUGUUGCAGUUUAUAUUGUGGAAUAAACCCCUGGUUAUGUUAUAAAAUUAAAUGUUGGUGUUUUUAGAGAGUUUGAAAUGAA